CUCGUCUCGUGUGCGUCGUUUGUAGAUAAAAAUAGUAUUUAGGGCGAUUUUACACAUAAAUUGUAUUCACAAUGAAAGAAAGAAACGUUAACAAGCUGCCCAGCAAUCUUCCACAGCUUCAGAAUCUCAUAAAGAGGGAUCCAGAGUCCUACAAAGAAGAGUUUAUACAACAAUAUCGUCAUUAUCAGUCCAAUGUGCAGAUCUUCAAUCUUAACCCUUCCAGUAAUAACAAAACUCUUCAAGAACUAGUGAUGUUUUUGUGUCAGGUUGCUCAUUGCUACCCAGACAAACUUGAUCAGUUGCCACAAGAAAUCAAGGAUUUACUGCACAAACACCAUGGUGUAAUGGAUUCAGAAUUAAGAAUGACUCUAUGUAAAGCCCUGAUUUUAUUAAGAAAUAAAGACCUGAUUUCUCCAACCAGUUUAUUGGAGCUGUUUUUUAAGUUAUUCAGAUGUCCUGACAAACUUCUACGUCAGGUUCUUUACAAUCAUAUUGUAACAGACAUUAAAAACAUAAAYGCCAAGCAUAAAAAUAAUAAAGUUAACAAUACACUACAAAAUUUCAUGUACACAAUGUUAUCAGACAGUAAUGCUGUUGCUGCUAAGAAGUCUUUAGAUGUUAUGAUAGAAUUAUACAGAAGGAGUGUAUGGAAGGAUGCCAAGACAGUGAAUGUCAUCAUCACUGCUUGUUUUUCUCCAGUUUCUAAGAUCCUUGUGGCAGCUCUCAAGUUCUUUCUAGGAAGUGAUGAAGAGGAAAGCAAAAAUGAUAGUGACAGCGAUAGUGAGCCAGAGAAACCAACUGCCAAACAAUUACUUCAUGCAUCUGGUGUAAAUAAAAAGAAUUCCAAGAAAAAGAAAAAGAUUGAAAAGGCACUUUCCAUUUUGAGGAAAAACAAAAAGAAGCACAAAGUUUCUACUGUUAAUUUUUCUGCUCUUCAUCUCAUCAAUGACCCACAAGGUUUUUCAGAGAGGUUAUUCAAACAACUUGAAGUGGCAACAUGUCGAUUUGAGAUAAGGCUGAUGAUGAUGAAUCUUAUAUCUAGACUGAUAGGUAUUCAUCAGCUAUUUGUGUUCAAUUUUUACCCAUUUUUACAAAGAUAUUUACAGCCACAUCAGAGAGAGGUCACUAAACUACUGACGUUUUUUGCACAAGCAUGUCAUGAACUGGUUCCUCCUGAGGUAAUUGAAUCUGGUGUGAAAACAAUAGCAAACAAUUUUGUCACCGAAAGAAACUCACAUGAAGUCAUGGCUGUAGGUUUGAAUGCAAUAAGAGAAGUAUGUAUGAGAUGUCCCCUGGUUAUGUCAGAUACUCUUCUACAGGACUUGGCCCAAUAUAAAAAGUCAAAAGACAAAAGUGUCAUGAUGGCCUCUAAGUCACUUAUACAAUUAUUUCGAUCGUUAAAUCCAGAACUUCUUCAUAGAAAAGACAGAGGUAAACCUACUGAGGCGUCAAAAGAAAGGACGGCAUUACAGUAUGGAGCUGUAGACAGCAAGGAUUACAUUCCUGGAGCUGAAAUUCUUGAUGAAAUACCUACAGAAAAAGAUGAGACUCAGGGGGGUGGGGAAUGGCAAAGUGAUGAAGAUGACAGUGAUGGCGAAUGGGUUGAUGUGCAGCAUUCAUCUGAUGAGGACCAGGGGGAAGAUGACAGCGAUGAUGAUGAUGGUGAUGAUGAUGAUGAUGAUGAUGAUGAUGAUGAUGACGGUGACGGUGAUGAUGAUGAUGAUGAUGGUGAUGAUGAUGAUGAUGAUGAUGAUGAUGACGAUGUUGAUGAAAAUGAUAACCGUGAUGAAGGCAAAACUACCCAGCAAGAUGACUCGGUGUCUAGAGCUUCAAAAAUGAGCCAAAUGAGGAUCUUAACGGAUGAAGAUUUCAAGAAAAUACGACAAAACCAAAUGGCUAAAGAAAUGCAACCAAAACUAGGCAAAAAAAGAAAGCAGUCUUCAACAGCAGACACUGCACAACUCAAUGAAAGGAGUGAACUGGUACCACUAGAAAACAUCGAACAGAUCCAUAAAAAGAGAAAACAUGACAAGGCCUCGAGGCUCGAAACUGUGAUGGCAGGAAGAGAAGAUCGACCGAAGUUUGGUGGUAAGAAAAAGACCAAGAUGAAUGAGCAUUCUAGUACAACAAAUAAGGAAAAAAGGCGAAAAAAGAAUUUCAUGAUGAUGCGCCAUAACAAGAACGUUCGCGGUAAAGUCAAGCGUUCAUUCCGAGAUAAACAGGUCGCGUUGAAAGAGGCACUUUUGAAAAAGAGGAAAGGAAAAUAAUAAAAGAAUGAAAUAAAAAGAAAAGAAAACGCACACGUUAACUCAGGGAGAUCGAUUCGCCUGAAUGAAACAAGAGUGGGAGACACUGCCMAAGCAGUUAUCAUCGUAGAUAACCCCCAAUAUCAUUUCAGUUGAUUGCUGAUUGCAUUAUUCAGUGCGGUAAAAAUCCUUUAGUGUCUGGUGCUGAUACUACACGUACAGAUGCAAAAACAUAAAGYACGAUCUUGCAUCGUACAACCAUCACGUUCUGCCUUGGAAGGCGCACUUUUAGAUCCUUUGUUGUGAAACAGAUUAACGACACAUGUACGUGUAGUGGUACAGUUUGCAUGACUCCUAACCGAUUAGCUUAAGUGACUUUGUUAUGCUCUGAUUAGAUUACUACUUCCGUCRGUAUAUUGCUGUCCUGCACGUCGACUGUGCUCUGUCUAUUGCUACGACGCCAUUGUUUGGCCAAUAUUCAAAAGUCCUGUUUUUAUGUUGUCUCCAAACCAUGUGGGUUUGAUAUAUCAUAGUUUCCAAUCUGGGCUAUCGGUAUCCAUCCGACGCGUGCGUGCAGAGAUGACAAGUGCUUUAAUGUAUUGCUUGAUAGAAGUCUGUGCAGCUAUCAUCUGUAUUGAGAUAGCAUGAUGAUUCCACCCAACAUAUACUUUCUAUAAAUACUCGUUAAAUUAAAGCGUGAUUCUUAUCAACAGUU